AUGAAAAAUAUUUUUCUGCUUCAUUUUACGGUGUGUUUAUCUGGUGGAGCUAUUGCUGGCAUGGUAAUUGGUUGUGUCUUUGGUCUUUUGCUGAUUCUGGUUCUUUUGGUGUCCUUGUGUAGAAAAAGUGCCCAGAGUGUUGAUGUUGAAAGUGGCACCGGUGAUGGUGAUGUGAGUAAUGCAGAUUCUGGUUCGGCUUGGAUUUCAACUUCGGCCAUUUUAGAUGAUUUGUUAAGAGCUUCUGAAAAGAGUUUGGUGUUUGGUGAGAAUGUGAGUAGAAAGUUUAGUUUAGAUGAUUUGUUAAAAGGCCCUGCGGUAGAUUUAGGAAAAGGGACAUUUGGAAAAUCUUAUAAGGUAGCAUUGGAGAUGGGAGUGACUGUGGCUGUGAAAAGCUUGAAGGAUGUUACUGCAAGUGAAAGAGAAUUCAAGGAGAAAAUAGUGGAGUUAGGAAAACUCUUUCAUGAGAAACUGGUCCCACUUAGGUCUUAUUAUUAUAAGAGAGAUAAAAACCUUAUUGUGUAUGAUUACAUGCCAAUGGGAAGCUUAUCUACACUCUUGCAUGGACGUAAUGGAACUGCAAGGACUCCACUAAAUUGGGAAACUAGGUCAACCAUAGCCCUUGGUGCUGCACAAGGGAUUGCAUACCUACACUCACAAAGUCCAACAUUUUGCCAUGGAAACAUCAGGUCAUCAAACAUCCUUCUCACAGAAUGUUACGAGUCUCGUGUCUCCGACUUUGGCCUCGCAUAUCUUGCUCUUCCAAGUGCUGCACCCAAUCGAGUUUCUGGUUACCGUGCGCCAGAGGUCACCGAUACCCGUAGAGUAUCCCAAAAGGCAGACGUUUACAGCUUUGGCAUUAUGCUUCUGGAGCUUAUCACAGGUAAAGAUCCUACUCGUUCUUUGCUGAAUGAGGGAGUAGACCUACCAAGAUGGGUCCAGUCGAUCAUUCAGGAUGAGUGGAACACUCAGGUUUUCGACAUGGAGCUUCUGUUGUGCCUACAUGCGGAGGACGAAAUGGUGAAACUUUUGCGGCUUGCUCUUAAAUGUACUGAUCAAUAUCCUGAUAAAAGACCUUCUAUGGAUGUGGUUGUAUGCUUGAUUGAGAAAAUUUGUCAUACUAGUUUAGUGAAAAGGCGAGAAUAUUUGUUUAAAAUGGAGAGAAUUGAUGAGAAUAUAGAAUUAAAGAGAGGAACCUUGUGA